AUGAUUGCCCCAAAAAUUCAAAAGCAACUGGUGAAUGCUUGUGUGGUCGAGACUACAAAUGUUAUUCUAGCUGAUCUUGGAGAUAGGUGGUUCACUUUACUACUUGAUGAGGCUCGUGAUUGUUCAGUGAAAGAGCAAAUGACAGUUGUUAUUAGAUAUAUGAACAAAUAUGGAGAGAUGAUUGAACGAUGUAUGGUUGUAGUUCAUGUUGCAACAACUACAACUGCUUGUUUGAAGGAGAUUAUCGAUAUUAUUCUACAAGAGAUGGAUAGUCGUUUCUCUGAAACAACCACAGAUUUGCUUAUUUAUAUGUCAUGCCUUCCUAGGAACUCAUUAUUGAGAUUUGAUGUACAGAAGUUAGUGUAUCUGGCUCAUUUUUAUGAGGAUGAUUUUUCUUGGAAUGAGCGUAUAUUGGUUGAACAAGAGCUUGAAACAUAUAUUAAUGACGUCAUAUCAGACGAACGGUUGGAAGGCAUUUCAUAUUUGGGAGCUCUUGCAAAGAAAAUGAUUGAAACAAUGAAGAACCGUGUGUUUCCUUUGGUUUAUCGGAUGAUUGAGCUAGCAUUACUUCUUCUAGUUGCUACUGCAACCGUUGAAAGAGUGUUUUCGGCAAUGAAUAUUAUCAAAACAGAUUUGCGAAACAGGAUUGGAGAUGAAUGGAUGAAUAACAAUUUGCGUUUUCAGAACAUGGAGUUUCGAAGAAUGUAA